UUGCUUGUUUUUUCAAUUUUAGGUGUAUGUUGGCAACAAGUGGGGUUAAAUAUGGAGACAAGGAGCGAAAUAAAAGGGGAAUCUGGAAACAUUCCUUAUAUGUUUGUGGUAAAAACUUCUUCCCUGAAACUACAAGAGCUAAACCAUUUUUAGGGUUGCCAGAGACUUUGAAGAAGAGAUGGAUCUAUUUGCUGCACAACUUCUGCCAGAACUAAGACACUUAGAAGCUACAAUAUCAGAAAAAACAACCAUGACAUUGAUUUUAUCCGUUGUAUGCUGCAGAGCCAUGGAGCUGUUUGAACCGAUGGCAACCAUUGCUAAGACACUGGUUUCUCAACCUGACCAUUUGAUGCCAUUGCCAGACCAGACUGUUAAUCUGCCAAAUUCCAGGCUCUCUGUAGGUGGUGAGUGCAUUGAAGAAGAGGAUCUUAAAACACUGGAUUAUGGACAAUGGCUGAAUGAUAAGAUAGAAAAUGCAUUUCUUGGAUUGCUCAAAACACAAAUGAAUGUAACUGACAUAUUUGUGUUCCCAUCUUACACAGCGGUAUUAUGGGAGAAUGGCAACCUUGGCCAUUGGCUAUUUAAAAAGGGACAGUUUCUGAAGUUCAAGCAUCUUAUCUUACCAAUAAAUGUCAAUGGUAAUCAUUAGGUUUGACUGCAUGCCAACACAAGGGACAGAACUGUAACUAUACUGGAUUCUAUGAAUGAUAAAAGUGCAGAGAAAUUCAUCAGUUUAUGGAGGUAUGUACAGCUGAACUUCUUUCCCAACAGAUAUUAAACUGAAUUUUGCUAUAUUACUGAAUUUUGUCCAAGAACUAUAAAAAAAUUGU